AUGACCGCGUGGUGGGACGACUCGCCGUUGCCUCCCCCCGGCGCGUUCGACGACCUCUGCGCCGCGGCCGGCGGCGGCGUCCGCGCCGGGGAGUGCCGUCGCGCCACCGGCGGCGCGCGCGCGCUGUUCUCGACGCGCGCGUUCGCUCGAGACGACGUCGUCUUCCGCGAGAUCCCCGCGCUGCUCGUCCAAGACCCGCGGAACGUAGCGAGCGCGCGCGCGUGCGCGCGCUGCCACGCCCUCCUCGACGAGACGCCCACGCCCACGGCGUGCGCGCAAGGCUGCGGCGUGACGUAUUGCGACGAGCGAUGCGCGUCGGAGCACUUCUCGAGCGGGGGGCAUCGAAUCGCGUGCGUCGGCCCGCUCGAGUCGUACUCGCACCCGGUCGCGGCGUUGAAGCUCGCGUGCGCGAAGGACGACGACGGCGACGGCCUCCUCGCGCUGCUCACGGAGACGGUCGCGCGCUGCGUCGCGCGCGCGGAAGAGGACGCCGCCGAAGAGGACGGCCGCGAGCCGCCCGGCGAAGGCGGCGGCGGGUUCCUCCGACGCGCGGGCGCGCACUGGUUCGUCCGCGGACCGUCGUCGCUCCCGGCGGCGCGGCUGGAGUCGUACGCGACGCUCGUGUCGGACGCGCUGGACGCCGCGGCGAGGGACGGGACGUGCGCGGAGGACGCGAAGCGCGCGGUGUUGGGUGGGGACGCGACGCGCGCGGUGUCGGAGCUCGUCGGGUUGCUGUCGAGGAACCAACUGAGCGUCGUCGUCGCCGCGAAUAAACCGGCGGCGGCGGCGGCGGCGGCGGCGGCGGCGGCGGCGGCCCCGUCGUCCCCGUCGUCCGACCCCCCCCCCCCCGCCGCGUACGACGGCGUCGGGGUCUUCCCACUGGUAUGCCUCAUGAACCACAGCUGCGAGCCGUGCGCGGAGGUCUCGUUCGAGGACGCGGGCGCCGGCCGCGGCGGCGUGCGCGCUGUGGUGAGAGCGAAGAGGGCGAUCGCCCCGGGGGACGAGCUGACGCACGCGUACGUGGACGUGGACGCCGACGUCUCCGCGAGGGCGGCCGCGCUCGCGGGGUUCGGGUUUAAGUGCGUCUGCGCGAGGUGCGCGCGGGCGCGUGGGGGGGGGGAGAGGGGGUGA